AUGGUCACUCAAUUAAAAUCCGCUUCUGAAUACGACAAUGCUUUGGCAUCCGGCGACAAAUUAGUCGUUGUUGACUUUUUUGCCACAUGGUGUGGUCCAUGUAAGAUGAUUGCCCCAAUGAUUGAAAAGUUCUCGGAACAAUAUUCUGAUGCUACUUUUUACAAAUUGGAUGUUGAUGAGGUCUCAGAUGUUGCUCAAAAGGCUGAAGUCUCUUCCAUGCCUACCCUGAUCUUCUACAAGAGCGGUAAGGAGGUUACCAGAGUCGUUGGUGCCAACCCAGCUGCUAUCAAGCAAGCUAUUGCUUCCAACGUAUAG